AUGGAAAAAGCAGAGUAAAUAAAAGAAGAAAAGUUGACUAAGAAAUUCAAAAAAGAUGAUGAUUGCUGGUAAACAAAAUAUGUUGAAGAAAUGUUUGAAUGUUCCGAAGAAGAAGAAGACGAAGAAUGGAAACUGCUGUACCACGAAGAUGAUAUGUAUAACUUCGAAGAAGUUAAUCGAAUAGAGAGUUAAUGUAGACAUGAAACAAACAAUUCAAUCGAAGCACAUAAAAAAUCUCGGAAACGAUUGAAAGAACUGGGCUAUAAUUUCAUAUGA